UGGCAGAAAGAGCCAUGGGCUCUGUAGAUGGUGGAGAACCCCAUGCCUGGUCACCGGGAGAGGUACACUCAGCCGCCAAAGGGCCAGCAGCAGACCUUCAAGGUGGAACGGAAGCAGCUGCAGAGUCAGCACAAUCACUCAGGGUUUCACAGUUACCAGAGAAUCAUUGGCUCGGAGUUGUUGGAGGACAGAAGCACCAUGUUUCUCCAGCAGGCCUAUGAUGGACAAGAUUUCACGAUCUUCACUAAAGAUAUCCUUUCCUAGAUGGUUAUUGAUAAUGUGGCUCACAUUACCAAGUGGGCACAGGAGGCUAAUUGGCAUGAGUUAUAUCAAAAGAAUUGGCUAGAAGAAGAACAUACUGCUUCAUUAGAGAGGUUCCUGCAGUUUGGGGAAGAUAUCCUGCAAAGGAUAGGUAACAAGAAGGGGGAACACCAGGGGCGAGCAAGGGUCGGUGCCCUAGAAGAAGCGCCUUCUAGCAAGUGCUGUGCCUGUGGAGAAACACAGCAGCUGGCAGACUGCAGUGAGGUGGUUGGGGAACAGGUGUUUGUGACCCCAACCCUUCCCUCUUUUGGCUCUCUGACAUUUGCUGAGGAUGCUCCUCCACUGGCCAAAACUACUCAGGCCAAGGAGACCCCAGGGGCAGUCUGA